AGGACAAGCCCGAGGAACCAAAAGCGUCCCCUCAUGUGGAUGAACCCCCUAAGCAGGCAGAGCCUAAGGCUUCGACUUCAUGCGAGCCUACUGUUCAGGAGGUUGUGCGCACUGUGACGCGCACCUUGCCUGAGGCUGCUGAGACCGGUGUUGCGUCGAAGGUGGACGCCGUGUCCACACCGGAAGCCCCUGCGCCCACGCAACCCAACUCCGCACCAAGUGAGCCUACUAAGCCUGCUGCGCAGUCUAACCCCACUCACGAGGCAGCGGCCUCGACGAGCCCUUUCAGCCCUAACUUGGACGAAGCCCACCACGUUCCGGGCUCCGAGCCAUCUGCGACCAGUGUCCUGCAGAGUGGUAUGACAACUGCCGCUCCCGCACCGACGGAGCCGGUUGUCAUGGACCAGAUCGCCUCAAGUAUCACCAUUCAACAGGACUCCACUUUCCAUGUGAUCCCAGUUUACGUUCCCGCGUCCUCUGCCACGUCUUUCUCGUCGCAGGCCGUUCCUACCGGCACCGCGAGCAUCCCCAGCCCCCACUCUACGGGCGUAGACGCCUACCAACCCACACUCCGCUCCAACCUUCCUCCGGCCGCGCCGUCCGCCUCAUCCACUGGUGUUCUCUUCACGGGGGCUGGAGCACCUCUGCCCGCGCCUCACGCUGGCGUCUUUUCCAUCUUCUAUGGUCUUGUGGCUCUCUUGGCAUUGAUUCUGUAAAGGUAUGGAGACGUCUAGGCCAGAUCGAUCCAAGUGUGGG